CACAGAUGGAGGAGACUCAGUGGAAGGGGCAGGAGAUGGAAGAGCAGGACCCAGGAGGAUCUGGAACUGGCAAGACAGCAAGCAAAGGCCCCCUUCUCCUCCAAGCUGGGAGUGGUGUUGCAUUCUGGGAAAGAGCUAUGCCAGAGAUCCUGGCUAAGGACACCAUGACCUCAGAUGUACAUUGCCAAUGCUUCCGACACUUCACCUAUCAUGAGGCAGAUGGGCCUCGAGAGGUUUGCAGCCAGCUCCAUGGACUUUGCAGCCAGUGGCUGAAGCCGGAGAGGCACACCAAGAAGCAGAUCCUGGACCUGGUGAUCCUGGAGCAGUUUCUGAUCAUCCUGCCCCAGGAAAUGCAGUGCUGGGUCAGAGGAUGUGAACCGGAGACCAGUUCCCAGGCGGUGGCCCUGGCUGAAGGUUUCCUCCUGAGUCAGGCGGAGGAGAAGAGGCAGACAGAAGAGAUGUGGUGGCCAUCCCUGAAGAUAGAAGUGACAUUCCCUGAGGCAGAAGGAGCUUCCUUGGAGCAAGAAGAGAGAGUGCAGGCCCAGGGAAAUGUCCAAGAUGCCCUCUCCUUUGGUAAGGACUCUUUCAGCCUGGAUACCAUUGGGUAUGGCAAUGCUGGAAAAGGCAACCCUUCGUACCUGUCCAAAACGAUACGUGAGGAACUCUUUGAAUUAAUGGCAAAGAAAGUGCACUCCGUCAUAACUGACGAAAUUAAUGCUUCUGGGUACGACUCAAUGCCUGAUCUUUCCCAUGCUGACCAACUGAGCAUGGUGCUCAGAUACUUGCAAGAUGGCCAGCCAGUUGAACGAUUUAUCACAUUUUUGGAAUUACGAAACCACAGUGGUGAAGCUAUGGCACAGCAGGUGUUGAAGUACUUAUGUGAUGAUUGUAAAUUGGAUUAUGCGAAAUGCAGAGGGCAGUCAUACAACAAUGCUGCCAACAUAUCUGGAGGUUACAAUGGCAUGCAGCAAAAACUUUUGGAAGCAAAUCAGUUUGCCAUUUAU